GGCUCCCGGUAGGGGCCAGUCCCGGCCGUUCUCGCGUCCGUCCCGGGCCGCCGCGGCCGCUCCGCCGCUGCUUUACCCGGGGCCUCCGUGCGCUUGGCCAACCGCCUCUGAGAGCGCUCCCCCGAGCGCUUCGGGAACCGGCCGGCGGCGGCCCUCUCCGGGGACUGCAGCGGGCCCAGGGGACAGAAGUGGCUAUAAACCCAGCACAUGCAUAUUGCAGCAAGUCAAAGGAUUUACUAUGAAGCCCAGAAGCAGAUAGUGCCAAAGAGCGAGCAGUUGCUUCACCUGGAAAAGCAGUGUCCGUGUUGUUUGUACACCCCCAAAACAGUUCAGAUCUGUAGGGGAGUUACUGUGUAAAGUGCACUGACCCGCAGGGUAGCCGUGUUUUACUAGCUGUUGUAGGCGUGAUGUAUUCACUGUUGAGAUGAGUGAGAGAACGAGCGGUGCCGCCCCACUAGGAAGGGUGAGUGCAGCAGCAUUUCCUUCCCCCACUGCUGCUGAGAUGGCAGAAAUCAGUCGAAUUCAGUAUGAAAUGGAAUACACCGAGGGUAUUAGUCAGCGAAUGAGGGUCCCAGAAAAAUUAAAAGUAGCACCGCCAAAUGCUGACCUGGAACACGGAUUCCAAGAAGGAGCUGCAAAUGCCAGUGCGAUGAUGCAAGUCCCGGAGAGGAUUGUGGUCACAGGAAAUAAUGAAGACGUUUCAUUCUCACGACCAGCAGAUCUUGACCUUAUUCAGUCCACUCCCUUUAAACCUCUGGCACUAAAAACCCCACCUCGUGUACUUACACUGAGUGAAAGACCACUAGAUUUUCUGGAUUUAGAAAGACCUCCUCCAACUCCUCAAAAUGAAGAAAUUCGAGCAGUUGGCAGGCUAAAAAGAGAGCGCUCUAUGAGUGAAAAUGCUGUUCGCCAGAAUGGACAGCUGGUCAGGAACGACUCUAUGUGGCACAGAUCAGAUUCUGCCCCAAGAAAUAAAAUUUCAAGGUUCCAGGGAUCGAUUUCUGCACCGGAGUACACGAGCUUCAGGCCUUCAUUGUGCUCACUGAGGACGUUUACCACAAGCCCAGCAUUCAGACCACAUGCCAGCUGUGCCAGGAUGAGUUUUAUGUUGGUAUCUGCAUACCAGAGUUCUCUGUCGCACUCUUCUGAGCAUCCUGUGACACCAUCGCCACCACAGGCUCGGGUCUGUCCUCCCCACAUGCUACCUGAAGAUGGAGCUAAUCUUUCCUCUGCCCGUGGCAUUUUGUCGCUUAUCCAGGCUUCUACUCGUAGGGCUUACCAGCAGAUCUUGGAUGUGCUGGAUGAGAAUCGCAGUGUGAGAAGACAAAAUGAAAUACGUUGUGAAAGACCUGUGUUGCGUGGUGGGUCUGCAGUCGCCACUUCUAAUCCUCAUCAUGACAACAUCAGGUAUGGCAUUUCCAAUAUAGACGCAACAAUUGAAGGACCAUCAGAUGAUGUGACUGUUGGAGAUGCAGCUUCAUUAAGACGACAAAUAAUCAAACUAAAUAGACGUCUGCAGCUUCUGGAAGAGGAGAAUAAAGAGCGAGCUAAGAGGGAAAUGGUCAUGUAUUCAAUCACUGUAGCGUUCUGGCUGCUAAACAGCUGGCUCUGGUUUCGACGCUAGAGGUAACCUCGGCGUUCAGAUUGUUGUCUCAACACUUGCAAAUAUAAAGGAUUUGCAAACUUCAUUGCUUCUGUCUUUGCAUUGUCUCACGAUUUAUGGUCCAAGCCUCAAAAAUGUGUUUCCUCCAGCAAGUAGGGCAGGACCGCGUCUGUAGAGGCGAAGGCACACUAUCGCUCAGCCGCCCUCAUCCUAAGCCA